AUGGAAAAAGUUCAAGCAGCUGCGAAUACCACAGACGUUAGCUCAUCCAUCGAGCCGGCGGCGGACGGGCUCCACCAGUUCGGGUCGUUGAGAACCAUCACAUCGAAAAGAGCCGGUGAGGUUAACUUCAUCGACGCGAAGGGGGCGAAUGGUGACUCCGAGCUUCUGGCUGAGAUCGGCUACAAGCAGGAGCUGAAUCGGCACUUUAGCACGAUACAAGUUUUCGGUGUAGCGUUUUCAAUUAUGGGUCUUCUUCCUAGUAUUGCGUCUGUGCUAGCAAUUGGUAUGCCAGGAGGCAUGGUGUCCCUGAUGUGGGGGUGGCUGAUUGCAGGCAUUUUUAUCCUAGCAGUCGGAUGCGGAAUGGCCGAGCUGGCAUCGGCUAUCCCCACCUCUGGCGGCCUUUACUACUACACGUACUACUACUCCCCCGAGAAAUACAAGGCGUUUCUGAGUUUCGUGAUAGGAAACACAAACUCAUUGGCGCUUGUCGCUGGUCUGUGUUCUAUCACAUACGGCCUGGCCCAGGAGAUUCUAUCCAUCGUGGUGGUUGCCAAGGAUGGCGACUUUAAUAUUACAAGCGGCAAGACCUACGGUGUGUUUGUUGCUGGCAUUGCGGCAACCACGGCCGUUACAUCUCUCGCUACCGUUGCAGUGUCCAAGCUGCAGACUGUAAGUAUCCUGGCUAAUGUGGGCCUGAUUGUGCUUUUCUUUAUCGUGCUCCCUAUCGGUGUGGCAAACACAAAGGGCCUUAAUUUUAACGACGGGUCCUUUAUCUUUGGAAAGUGGCAAAACGAAACGAGCUGGCCCGACGGUUGGCAAUUCAUGAUGGCUGGUCUCCAGCCCGCUAUUUGGACCAUUGGCGCCUUUGACUCUUGUAUUCACAUGUCCGAAGAAGCGAAGAAUGCCACCAAAGCUGUUCCUGUAGGUAUCAUCUCGUCCAUUGGCGUGUGCUGGAUUCUGGGAUUCAUCGUCUGUAUUGUCAUUGCAGCCUGCAUGGGUCCAAACAUUGAUGCCAUUCUCGAAAGCUCUUACGGUUCUCCUCUUCCUCAAAUUCUGUUCAACGCCCUUGGCAAAAAAUGGACAAUUGCAUUCAUGACAUUGAUCGCCGCGUGCCAGUUCCUGAUGGGAUGCUCGAUCUUAACCGCCAUUUCUAGACAAAUUUGGGCCUUUGCCCGUGACGACGGUCUCAUGUUUUCCAGAUACAUCAAGGUUGUGAACAAGAAGCUUUCUUCUCCCCUCAGAGCGACUUGGUUUGGAGCCCUCUGCGCGCUCGUCAUUGGCUUGCUGUGUUUAAUUGGUAGCACUGCGUCAAACGCUCUGUUCUCCUUGGCUAUCGGGGGCAAUUAUGUCGCGUGGAUGACACCUAAUUUAUUGAGAAUGACAGUAGGCAAGGAUCUAUUCAGGCCAGGCGCUUUCUUCAUGGGCAAGCUGUGGUCUCCUAUUGUUAAUUGGAUCGCGAUUAUUUUCCAAACUUUCAUCUUGAUCAUGAUCAUGUUUCCCGCCGACAGCAAGGACAUUACGCCAGACACCAUGAACUACACAGUCGUCAUUUGCGGUGGUGUUUGGAUUGGCAGCAUUGUCUACUUCCUGGUAUACAAAAAGAAGGCUUUCCACGGUCCAAAGUCGAAUCUCAGUGACGAAGAGUAUGCGGAUGCCGUGGGACAAGACGUUAUCGACCAGAUUCUGUCGCACCAAAAAAGUGGCUAG